GCUUUCAGACAUACAGACAAUCUCUCUCCGCUCUGAGCUCCUCUAAACGGACUAAAUCAUCUCCUCGACACCACCCUGCCAGCACCAACCUGCUGCUAUGUGCAAAGGAUUAGCAUCGCUGCCUACCUGCUGCUUGGAAAGGGCUAAGGAGUUGAAGGCGAGGCUGGGAAGCAUUUUGCAAAAACCCGACUGGAGUUUACCCUGCUGUAAAAUCGGAAAACACAGGCCAACUCUUGAAGAAUGCCUUAAAUGGAAAGAAUCCUUUGAAAAACUCCUGUCCAGUAAAUAUGGACUGUGUGCCUUCACAGCCUUCCUGGUAUCCGAGUUUAGUGAGGAGAACAUUGCAUUCUACUUUGCCUGUGAAGAAUACAAGAAUACUAAGUCUCCUGCCAAAUUAUCCGCCAAAGCCCAGAAGAUCUAUGAUGAAUUCAUUGGCAGUGAUGCUCCUCGGGAGAUUAAUAUUGACCAUGAAACUCGUGAUAUCACCAAAGCCAACAUGCUGGUGCCGUCACCCUCUUGCUUUGACAUGGCCCAGCAUAAAAUCUACAUGCUCAUGGCCAAAGACUGCUACCCCCGCUUUCUGCGCUCUCCAGCCUACGGGGACUUAGUCUGCCAAGCCAAGCCAAGCACCAAGGCCACUAAGCAGCAGCAGCAGGAGAAGAAGGUGUGAAAACUCUGCAGCCAAAAGCGGGAUUGUUAGCGAUCGCCUUAAAGGUUGAGAAGGCAAAAAGAGCACAACAUUAGGUGCUGCAUCAUGAAGCCGGACAGGGUUGCAAAUGAAGGCACGGUCAUGGUAGAGCUGGUGGAACGUUCAAGGGUCUGUAGACAGGAAUUCCUUGAAGAUGAAUAUGGAGAAUGCAGAAGGAAAAAAGAAAACAAGUUGGAGGUUGAUGCCUUAAGUGGAUAUUUUGUGAAUACACAUGGACUUUUGAUUAGAAAAUAUCAAAACGUGAAUAUUUAA